AUGAUUUCAAACAAUGUGGUUACAAGUGACCCAGCGCUGCAUGUCCCUGGUCAUUUGUCUUUUGCACAGUAUAUUAUAGACAAAUUAAGGGAAAAUUGUGAACAUGAAGAUUUUGUCUGUGUGAUCAAUGGCGAUACCGGACACAAAAUUACAACUAAACAAAUACUGCAAGACACUGUCAAUGUGGCUACAGGGCUCCAAAAGAUGGGGGUGAAGCGAGGUGAUGUGAUAGGAGUGUGCAGUGAGAACAGAGAUGAGUAUAUUUCAGCUGUGCUCGCUGUGAUUUGCUCUGGAGCCACCGUCACGACUCUAAAUGUGCUCUAUACCAAAGAGGAAAUGACCCACGUGCUAAAUAUAUCAAAACCGAAGAUGAUAUUUGCCUCUGAAGUUGGAUUGAAACGAAAUAUCGCUACCAUGAAAUCAAUAUCCAGCAUAAAAAAAAUUAUACAGUUCAACGGACCAUUAGUAGAUGAAACCGUAAUUGACUUCAAGCGCGUUGGUGUGAAAACAGACCCGCAACUGUUCGAGCCCGUAGAAGUUCAAGGUUGGGCAGAUACGGUGUUAAUACUGUACUCUUCAGGAACGACGGGCUUGCCAAAAGGAGUCAUGCUUACACAUCUCAAUGCACUUUAUUCUGCGGCCAGUUUUAACCACGACAAUAGACCAAAAGACAAAACACUAUUAACUAUAGUGCCAUGGUAUCACGCAUUUGGUUUGCUAUCAACUAUAAACUACGUACUAGUAAAAAAACAAAUGGUAUAUUUGGCUGGAUUUAACCCUCUUAAAUAUUUGAGCACCAUACAAGAAUACAAGGUAACCAGUUUGGCUGCAGUGCCUCCAAUUGUCGUCUUUCUAGGUAAAGCCCCGAUCGUGGAGAAGUAUGAUUUAUCCUCCAUUGCAGUUAUAUGGUGUGGCGCAGCACCUCUUAGUGCUGAAACUAUCAAACAGGCUAUGAAACGGCUGCCAAAUUGUAUUGGUAUAUUCCAAGCAUAUGGUAUGACGGAGACAUCAUUGGUCGCUACGACAGACAAGAUGGAAGACAAUGUUAAACGGAAACCAGGAAGCGGUGGUUAUCCUCUGGCUGGGGUGAAAGCUAAGGUUGUAGACAUAGAAACUCGCAAGCGUUUAGGUCCGAAUGAAAACGGUGAGAUCUGCCUAAAGGGGCCUAUUAUAAUGAAAGGUUAUGCGGGUGACGAGGCAGCCACGCGCGCUAUGUUCGAUGAAGAAGGUUACAUGAAGACUGGAGACAUCGGAUACUAUGACAAAGACGGAUGUUUCUAUAUAGUCGAUAGACUAAAAGAACUGAUCAAAUAUAAGGGUAGCCAGGUAGCUCCAGCCGCUGUGGAAAGCGUAGUGCUUCAACACAGUGGAGUAGCAGAAUGUGGUGUAGUAGGCGCGCCCGACGAGGUCGCCGGUGAGCUACCUGUUGCCUUCGUUGUGAAGAAACCUGGAUCUAACGUCACCGCAAAGGAGUUGCUUGACUUCACGGAUGCACGGUUAUCAUCAAGUUCUCGUCUCCACGGAGGUGUUAUAUUUGUCGACGAAAUACCAAAGAAUCCAUCAGGAAAGAUUCUACGACGAGCGCUUAAACAAAAACUGUUGCAGAAAUCCAAAAGUCAUUUGUAA